ACGUAUUCCACCGCUGAAGCCUGUCCCUGAUCUCUUGAAUCUUUCAUCGUUCACAGCCCUUUCGGAGGGCUUGGCGCUGGAAGAUGUAACGAUGUCCUAAUUAUUCGGCCGGACACCCACCCUCGCACGGACUCAUUGGGCCUCCCUUUUUUUGGCCCUAUCAGCAGGGGGGCGCGUCUCAAUUCACUCACACCCUCUCGCCCCGACAGAUAUAGCGGCUGGUCCAACAACAGCGUCUGCUUCAGAGCACCUCUUCUUCCUCGUGGCUCUACAGAACUCCUUUCGCUGGGGGUCACGGCUAGCUAUUUUGAGAAGCCGUACUGUCUUCACAUCUACACCACAGACAGUCGUGCGCUCGAGACACAUUGCGUCGUACUGAAUCCCUUGCGAAGCAAAGAGGCGCGCCACCCCAAGGCCAGCUCUCCGUACGAAGACAUAGGGGUCAAGGCGAGCCGAGAUGGAGCAGCAGGAUGGCGGCGGUGGCGGCGCAUAUGAGCUUGCUCAAGCCUACGACUUUCUUCUCAAGAUGAUCAUCAUCGGCGAAUCGGGCACAGGAAAGUCAUGCCUGCUCCAUCAUCUCAUUCACAAUCAAUACAAGGAAAAUGCGGCACAUACGAUUGGCGUCGAGUUCUCCUCGAGAGUCCUCAAAGUUGGCAACAAGAAUGUCAAGAUGCAGCUGUGGGACACGGCAGGCCAGGAACGGUUUCGGUCGGUAACGAGAAGCUACUACCGAGGGGCGAGCGCCUGUCUGCUCGUAUAUGACAUCACAAAGCGGUCCUCCUUCGAACCCCUGGCGCGGUGGCUGGCCGAUGCCCGGGCCCUUGCUUCGCCCGACCUCGUUGUGGUUGUUGUGGGCAACAAGCUGGACCGCGAGGAAGAGCGCGAAGUUGGCUACGUCGAGGCCAGCCGAUGGGCUGGCGAGCAUGAUGCGCUGUUUCUCGAGACAUCCUCAUUAACGGGCGAGAAUGUAGAAGCGCCGUUUGCGCUCGCAGCCAAGUCAAUCCUUAUGGCGAUCGAGUCUGGGCGACUGGAUCCUGAGAAGGCCGGCAGCGGCAUCUCCUACGGCGACCGGUCCCUUCGACGAGUGGGCAGCGGCAGCCGCUUCAGCUUCUCCGAGAUGCUGCCCAACGGUGCCGGGAGGAACGGUGGCGGUCUGGUUCAGCUCCGGCAGAAUGUCAAACACUCCUUUGAUGGGUGCUGCUCUUGACAUAGAUCUUUUGCCUACUUUAUCUCUUUCUGCGCAUAUUCACAAUCUCUCUCUCCUCUUGUACAUACCACAUGGUAACAAAGGCAGUAACGUUUUGAAGACACCGUAGUGUCCAGGGACCAGGAAAGGCCCCUGUUCUGAUACAGAUCUGCGCUAGAGAAGAUGGCACCGUCCACCACUGUGACGAGUACUUCUUCGCGAUUGGCAACGUAAACCUCGUCAAUUGCAUGCGCAUG